ACAACCGCAGCCACUGCCCAGCCCGCGGCUCCGACCCCGCACGGAGAUGCUGCCAGCCACGUCCAAGCUCUGCGCCGCCAUCUCCUACCGCCACCUGCGCAACAUGACCGGGCUGAGGAGACAAGCUGCCGUGGCCAUCAGCCAGGAGCUGAGCAGGCUCGCCAGCCACAGCCCAGGGCCCAGCACCUGGAUCCACCAGGUGCGCAGGAGAAGCUCCUUGCUCAGCUCAAGGCUGGAGGAGAAACCCUUCAGCGAGGUGGAAAUGUCUUACAUCAAGCAAGGAGAGGAAGCCCUGCAGAAAUCCCUCAGAAUCCUGGAGGACCAGGAUGAUUGGAAGACAGAGACGGUGGCGGGUAAUGGAGAUAAAGUGCUGAGCAAGGUGCUGCCAGACGUGGGGAAGGUGUUCCGGCUGGAGGUGGUGGUGGACCAGCCCCUGGACACGGUGUACGGAGAGCUGGUGGACAACAUGGAGCAGAUGGGAGACUGGAACCCCAACGUCAAAGAAGUCAGGAUUCUGGAGAAGAUUGGGAAGGACACGGUGAUCACCCAUGAGAAGGCGGCCGCCACCCCCGGGAACAUCGUUGGGCCACGGGACUUUGUGAGCGUGAGGUGCGCCAAGAGACGCGGCUCCACCUGCGUGCUGGCCGGGAUGUCCACGACCUACGGGGCCAUGCCCGAGCAGGAGGGCUUCAUCAGGGCUGAGAACGGUCCCACCUGCAUGGUCCUGCGCCCGCUGCCCGGCAGCCCCUCCCAGACCAGGCUCACCUGGCUGCUCAGCAUCGACCUCAAGGGGUGGCUGCCCAAGACCAUCAUCAACCAGGUGCUGUCCCAGACACAGGUGGACUUUGCCAAACACCUCCGGCAGCGCCUGGCCAGGACAGUGCCUGUGACCUGCUGACCACCCCUCCAGGGCUUCCUUCAGGGGCACAGUGUGGGAUCCUGUCACUUCAAUUAGCCAAGGCCUUCAAUAGCAGCCUCCACUAAUUAAUACAUAGUUACAAUCAAUAAAUAGAAAGGUUUAUUUAUUGAGCUCAUUGUGUAAGUGCAGGACCAAAAAAUUUAAUUCCUGCAGUUGCUUAACUGAGCAUGUGCUGGCCCAGUCAGCCAACUCCACUCUCCCUAAUUACUUUCAAUUAAUAAAUAAAGCUUUAAUUAGUGCUGUCUACAAUUAAAGGUCUGGGAGACAGCUGACUGGGAAGGUACAACCUCAGUGAGGCAAACACAAGCCUGAUUGAACCUCAAAUUUUACUCUCCCAAAACUCAAACAGCAUUUACUUAACAAUUUUGUUUCCUCUCCCCCUCAAAGCAGCUCUAAUUUAUUUUUUCCUGUACCAACACAUAAGAAGUGUCAAGUUAUUUAUUCACCCAAAGCUCUGCAAUGAUGAUCAUUAGCAGGAGGCCCCACGUAACUCCUGUACCCAGGAGAUCUUCAGCUCAAGUGUAGCUACUUUGAGUUUUAAUGUCACUUGUAACAAUUUACAAGACAAAAAAAAAAAAAGAAUAAAAAGAAGAGUUAAAGCCUU